AACUUGAGUUAUUGUAGUUAGUUCAGUCACUGGGGCAGUGUGACUUUGGUUUAUGGGAACAUCGCGCAUGAUAAUAACAGAGUAGCCCUCUUUUUCAGUGUAUUUAUUUUAAAGCAUUUGUUAAGUAUGAAUCACAGACAUGGAGAGGUGGAUUGGCGGUGGACAGUUUUCACACUGUUUUUAAACUUUCAGUUCACUUACGGGUCUCCCUCUUCUUAUGACUUGUUCCAAGGGUCUGCAUACACUGGAGUGGUGCACAGACACAGAAACAGGAACUGGUGCGCCUAUGUGGUGCACAAGAACGUGAGCUGCGCCGUGCAGGGGAGUGUGGAGAGCUUCCAGGAGCCCGUGGUGGCCCCCUGCCCAGCCUACCAGCCAGACUGCCAGCAGCAAGUGACAUAUAAAACUCGGUUUCGACCCACAUACAAGAUUGCCUACAAGACAGUCACAGAGUUAGAGUGGAGAUGCUGUCCUGGUUACCAAGGCCCAGACUGUAAAGAUUUAAAACCACCCCCAGAUCGACAAACAGUGCAGGGAACGCACCCUUACCUCCCACCAAAUCCUGGACAUACAACCAGACACACACAGAGGCCAGAGCGGAGAGAGACAGGGCACCAUGAGACGAGGCACAGUGGGACAGAUAAGGUGCGUCUCCUGGAAGGUGAAGUUCAGCGCCUCUCUCAGACAGUCCUGGAUCUCCAAUCUGCUUUGUCAGGGUUAACUGCCAACCUCCGCACAGACCUGCAGGAAGACACAAAGAAGGUGCUGGUGACACUUCUUAACAACAUGCGUCCACCAGACAGUGCUGCGACCGCAGGCACAGAGGAGAGCCCAGCAGUGCUAGAUGGACAUCAGGCUACCAGAGGUGGGAUUGCGGGAGACAAGGCCAUAGAAAAAAUAGUGGCGCGGUUGGAUGAUAUCAACAACGCACUGAAAAGUAAGGACGAAGCUUUGGAGGACCUAAGAGGAACCAUGACAAGUCACGAGGGGCAGAUACGUGUCCUCAUGGAUGCCUCUCAAGCUCAGGCUCCAGCCAUAACGGAGUUUGAUGUUGUACAGACCUACAUUGAUGGAAAAUUUGAGAAGCUGAAGACUGAGCUAGACCAGAAUGUGGAGGAACACAUGGCCAAGCUACAAAGCUCAUGCAAUGACAAAAUCCAGAACUUGCAGAAGACCUGUGAAGACAGCCGUGACCAUGGUUUGGUCAGCCUGACCAAACUGGUGGACACCAAGGAAGCUGACCUGAGGAAGGAGAUCCGGGCAUUGCGUCUGGACAUGGCCGCUGCAGAUGGACCUAUUCGAACUCAAAGGCAGACAGAUCCAUCCGAAGAGAAAGAGGAUCAUAGUGACCACAAAGACAUGUGGCGUGAGAUUGAACGUAUUGCAGAGGCUAACCGCAUCCUGAAUGUCCGCAUUGACAAUGAGUUGUCACACCUAUCUGCACCUCAGGAAGACAAUGAUUUCAGCACACUGAUCGAGGAGCUGGAGGCACGUAUAAAUAUCACAGAACAAAACGCAGAGACUCACUGUUUCUACAUUGAAGAGAAGUUGACCCGUACAAUUGCAGAAGAGGUGGCAACACUUCGGCAGCUUCUGGAUGAGCGUCUGAACAAUGUGGAGGACCGGUUUACGAACAUGCUGGUGGAAAUGAGCAACAUUUCAUUCCCAGGGAUGUUUGGUGAGUCCAUGGAUGCCCUCGAAGCACAAGUCAACAACAACAAGUUUCUCCUGGAAGGUUUGGAGAAUAAGAUCAAUGCUGUUGGAGAGUUGUGCUCUGCCGGAUGUUCAGGCUCAGGAAUUACUGCAGGUGCAGCAAGUUCAUCAACCACAUCUGAUGGCCUAGGAAACAUUUUGAAGGACCUGAACCGGUAUAGGAAUGACUUGGAUGUUCUUCACACAGAUGUCACUACCAACACAGACAAGCUCAAGCAACUGGAGGACCUGGUUGAGAGACAGUCAGUUGCACAUGACAGACGUGCCAAGACAAUGGAUGACUUCCAGAAAGGAUUAAUUAAUCUCCAAGAUAAUGUGCUUGGUCUGGCUGGUGCUGUUACGGGGUUAAGCGACUCUUUGAGCAAAUACAACCAGGAUAUGCACAGAAUAAACUCAACAUGCUGCCAUGCAGAGCAGACUGGCGCUGGGAAUCCAGCAUGGGACCACCGGGCAUCAGUCAUUGCAGUACCUAGUAGUCAGGCAGACGACACCAGACGUCAGGUGGAGGAGCUGAAGAACGGGCUUGAUACGCUCAGUAGACAGGUGUCCACUGAACUGAGACAGUGUAAACACAACACACAGGGUGUUUCUGACGGCAUUUCUGCUGUGGAUGGACGAGUGACCAGACUUGAAAAAGUGUGUGGAAGGUUAGAUGGGAUUUCUGCUAACAUCAAAGACCUGAAAGAUGGGCUGGAGAGACAUGUUGGCGGUCUACGGGACUGUGUCUACAGGAUGAAUAUUACCUGUGGAAAUCAUGGCGCAGAAAUCAUUGCACUGCAGAAUUCCUUGCAAAGGUUCCAGGCGCAGCUGUCUGCGAUAGCCAAACAUGUUUUGAAAGACGUCACUGCCAAAGAGCCAGGAAUGACCUUAAGACCAGAGAGGCCUGCGUCUUCGCCAGAUACCACUCAGACCAGAACUAGAAUACAACAAAUCCAUAUCCCUCUAAUCUUCCCACCGCCGCCGUCCAGCCCCAGGCAGCCUUACAAUCCAAGCCAACCAGUGCAGCCCAACACACACACAAACAGGAUCAGUCCACCAAGCCAGCCGUCUAGCCCCCAGCAACCAGGCCACCACACUCUGCCCCUGGUUCCCAGAAGGCCGGUGGUGGAGACGGGCGAGGCAGGACCUCCAGGGUACAUCCGCAGGGUGACUGUGCGGAGAGGCUCUGAGCACUCGUCUAGCAUGCCUGUCAAGGGAUUUGCUGGAGCACCAGGCUAUCCCCCUCUGCAGCCUGUGUCUUUCAAGCCGCAAUCAACCAACCACCAAGUUCCCAUAGCGGCAAAGGUGCCGUGGAACCCGAUGCAUCAAGCUCCAGUUGAAUCACCAGUUUCUGUGGACAACAGCGCCUUUGCAGAUCCCUUCUCCUUCUCCGCCGGCCUCACACAGCAUUCCUUCUCUGGAGACUUUGGCAUCAUUCGCUUCAACAGGAUUCUAGUCAAUGACGGUGGACACUACAAUCCCCACACGGGGAUCUUUACUGUACCUCUGGAUGGCCGAUACCUGAUUUCAGGUCUGCUAACUGCAAGGCAGGGUGACCGUGUAGAAGCCGUGCUGUCAGUGUCUAACCGCAGCGUUCAGAAGCUGCAGAGCUCAGCGGGGCCUGUAGUGGGUCAGCACCAGGGCUCAGCCAGCGGUAACUGUGGCUGCGGCGGCUCGGUGUCCUUCAGUCUGAUCCUGCCCCUGAGGAAAGGAGACCGCGUGGGUCUGGUGAGGACCGGAGGCCAGCUGGCCACCACCGAGGCCAGGGAGAUCCUUUCCACCUACAGUGCCAUCUUCCUGUAUGCACCACAGGCCAACAGAUAGCUGGAGCUCACAUGGACACAGAGAGCAAGGACUAGUUUGUUCCCGGAUAUCUGGAAAUGUUGAAGCAAUCAAAAGUUUUCACUGAUUUGCGGCUACUUCGCCACUGUGUGAAGAUCCUGUUAUAAAUUCAAAUAAGACGUCAUUACAUUGCAAUUUCUAAACCAAGAUACCUGAACGCAAGAAGUAGGAUUCAUUCCUACUAUAUUUGAUUAUCAAGUUGCCUCUUUGUACCUAUUGUGAAUGUCUUUGAAUGUCUCUGUAAAAGUGUAUAUAAAUUAACAUUAAAAUUCAUAAAAAUUUAA